CGUGCGGGGCCUGGGGCUGCGCCUGCGCGGAGACCAACUCCCUGGCCCCGACGUCCGGCGCGCCGCCCCCACCCCAACCAACGGCCUCCCCCUCCCUCCUUGGAAACCGGCGCAGCUGGCGUGGAGGCUGCAGGGUGUGUGCUGGCAGGCGACCCGUGUGGCCUGCCUGCCUGUCUGCAAGCCUUCCUCCCAGAAGUCUGCGACCCCUUUUAAACUAUGGGAGACUCACCACCGGACCCUGAGCCCCCUACUCAGCAGUCUUCUAGCAGGAGGAGCUCCCAGGUCCUCCAGCCGCGCGGUCAGCAUUACAGUCAGGCUGGGCCCAUGGACCCCGGCAAGGUGCAGCACAUACCACCCCACGCCCAGCCCUGGCGGAGCAGUCUCCAGGACUGGUCACAGGGGGCCAGCCCGAGCCGACGUGAGAGCCUAACGAUGUUCCAGGCCCAGGAAGCCCAGCCCGGUGGCGUAAAGUACCCUCCCCAGAAUGUGGUCUUUACCUCAGAUGGCCAGCCCCGACAUUACCUGGACGAGGACAGGAUCCAGGCCUCCCGCCACGCCAGCCUAGUGCUGCAGCAGCUGCAGCAGGGCCGCAGCAGUCUCCUUCAGCAACUGGAGCCUGCCUACCAGGAGCCCCAGUCCGACCUCUUGGGCCAGUUCAACAUGUAUCAGAGAGAAGACCCGCAGUUCAGCCAGGGUGCCCAGCAUGGGCCCUACAUGAGAGAUGACCCAGCCCUCCAGUUCACACCCUCGGAGCCGCGCUUCAUGCCCUUCAGUAUGGAGGUGCUGGGGCCUGAGCCUCAGGAGCUGGCCAUACAGAAUGCCAAGGCCUACCUGCUGCAGACGAGCGUCAACUGCGACCUCAGCCUGUAUGAACACCUGGUGAACCUGCUGACCAAGAUCCUGAACCAGCGUCCCGAGGACCCCUUGUCCAUCCUGGAGUCGCUGAACCGAACCACGCAGUGGGAGUGGUUCCACCCCAAGCUGGACACGCUGCGGGAUGACCCCGAGCUGCAGGUGACCUAUGAGAUGGCUGAGAAGCAGAAGGCGCUGUUCGUCCGGAGUGGCAGUGUCGAGGAAGAACAGGAGAUGGAGGAGGAGGUGGUGGAGAUGGCGUUGCCCAACAUCAUGGAGGCUGCCUUCUACUUCCAACAGGCGGGUGUGGGCCUGAGCUCAGAUGAGAGUUUCCGCAUCUUCAUGGCCCUGAGGCAGCUGGUGGAGCAGCAGCCCGUUCGUACCUGCCGCUUCUGGGGCAAGAUCCUGGGGCUCAGUGGCAGCUACCUGGUGGCCGAGGUGGAAUUCCGGGAAGGUGAGGAGGUGGAGGUGGAGGAGGAGGAGACGACAGAGGGCGGUGAGGGCAUGGAGGCCCACGGCGAGGAGGGCGAGGAGGGCGAGGAGCAGGCCCCCGACACCGUCCCCAAGCCCGUGUGGAAGCCACCCCCCGCCAUCCCCAAGGAGGAGAGCCGCUCCGGCACCAAUAAGUACUUGUAUUUCGUUUGCAACGAGCCGGGCGGGCCGUGGACGCGGCUGCCACAUGUCACCCCCAGCCAGAUCGUGCAGGCCCGCCGGACCAGGAAGUUCUUCACCGGCCGCCUGGACGCGCCGGUCGUCAGCUACCCACCCUUUCCGGGCAACGAGGCCAACUACCUGCGGGCCCAGAUCGCCCGCAUCUCGGCCGCCACACACGUCAGCCCGCUCGGCUUCUACCAGUCCAACGAGGAGGAGGGCGACGAGGAGGAGGAGGGCGGCGUGGGGCGCGACUCCUAUGAGGAGAACCCGGACUUCGAGGGCAUUCCGGUGCUCGAGAUGGUGGACUCCAUGGCCAACUGGGUGCACCACACGCAGCACAUCCUGCCACAGGGCCGCUGCACUUGGGUGAACCCUUUGCAGAAGGAGGAGGAGGAGGAGGAGCUGGAAGAGGAGGAAGAGAAGGCCGAUGAGGGGCUAGAGGAGGUGGAGCGUGAAGUGGGGCCCCCGCUGCUGACGCCACUCUCAGAGGAUGCAAAAAUCAUGCACAUGUCACCCUGGACGGCCCGCGUAUCCUGCAGCAUCUGCCCACAGUACUCCGUGGCUGUCGUGAGCUCCAAUCUCUGGCCGGGCGCCUAUGCCUAUGCCAGUGGCAAGAAGUUUGAGAACAUCUACAUCGGCUGGGGCCACAAGUACAGUCCCGAGAACUUCAACCCACCCCUGCCACCCCCCAUUCAGAAAGAGUACCCCAGCAGCCCAGAGAUCAUGGAGAUCAGUGACCCCACAGUGGAGGAGGAGCAGGCCCUCAAGGCUGCCCAGGAGCAGGCCCUGGCAGCUGGGGAGGAAGAGGAGGAGGAGGAGGAGGACCUGGAUGACUGAAGCCCCGUAACCCUCUCCCCCAAGCAGGUAGAUGGAAAGUUUUCCCUUAUAGAUAGAGAGGUUUGGGUUGUUUUUCCAUUGCUGUUUUGCUUGAUGCCCCUGGAGGGCAGGCGUGGAAGACAAAGGCAGCUGCUCCCAAUAAA